AAUAAAUGCAAGUUUAUGACAAUCUCGCUCUAUAAGAAGUACAAUCUAUAAGUAUUGAUGACUCUCCUGAUAGAUUGAAGGAGAUAGUAAGAAUGAUUCUUUAAGAAUUGAGUUAGAUGGGAUAUGAUGAUGCUUGUAAAAUUCUUGAGGAUGAAUCUCAAACUAAAUUAGACACUACUUAAAUGAGUGAGUUAAAGGAAUCCUUUUUAAAUGGUGACUAUGAAAACAUUUUACAACAAUUAGACUUUUCAGACAUGAUCAAUAGGGUACUCUAUUAUUUAAAAUAGAAAUUAUAAUACGAGAUAUAAAAAUAAUUGUACUUAGAAAUAGUUCAAUAAAGAAAUUAUGAGCAAGCGGUCAAUUUAUUAAGGUAAUUGUCGGAAUUUAAUGAACAAGAAUCGCAGGUUUUAGCUAAGUAAAUACUAAUAAAUAAAAAUAGAAUGAUAUUUCUUCCAGAAGAUGCUUCCCAAUUAUAUGUUUAAUUGGGAAUACCAAUGGAUUAAAGGGAACAAAGAUUGUAACUUUAUUAAAAAACCCUUAACCUUAUAAAUUUUGGAGACUUUUCAUUAAAAACACAAUUUGAUAAAGUGAUUGAUCAGGCUUUAGAGUAUCAAAUUAAACGUUGUCCAUACCACAAUGAUUCCAGCGAGAAUAAGAAUUAUUCUUUAUUACUUGAUCAUAAUUGUCAAUCCUAUUAAAUACCUAAAAAUAAUUCAAUUCAUUUUUAGGGUUUCGAUGAUGAAGUGUGGAUUGGCAAAUUCUCUAAUUCAGGUACAUGGAUUGGUUGUGCAACCAAGAAGAAUUCAAUAUAUAUUAUUUCAAAGGAAUAGCAAUAGAAAAUAAGCAAAGCUCAUUAGAUGGAUAUAAAUUCACUAGUCUUUUCAUCAGAUGAUAAAUUGUAAAACUGAAUAAUUUUAAAUGAUUAGGUUGUUUUCAGCAUCAAAUGAUAAAAAAAUUAAUUGUUAUGAUGUAUAAACUGCCUAAUUAAAAGUAACUAUGAGUUAACAUACCAAUGAAGUCUUAUGCUUGGCUUACUUUAAAAAGUAUCUUAAUAUCUUAUAAUAAGUCAAUUAUUUAGUGGAGGUGUAGAUGGAUGGAUAGGUAUAUGGUAAGAUAAUGGUAAAUUAGUGAAUUAAAUAAAGAGCAAAGUGGUUAAAAAUAUUCUAUUAACUGAUUAAUACUUGUUACUUCACAAUGCUGCAAUAUUUUCAAUUACUGUAAUUGAAAAUGAUUCUAAAUUUAAUAAAAUAAUAACUCAUAUGGAAGAAUAAGAGUUGAUAGUUUCAUCAGCUGUCAGCUAAAAUCAAUAAUUCUUAGUUUUAAAUGUUUCAAAAGAAAAACCAAAAUUACAUCUAUGGAGUCUAAAGACAUUCUAAAAGUUACAUGUUUUUUUUGGAUUUUAAGUUAAAGGCAUAGAGAUGAAAUGCUGCUUUGGUAGUAAGAAGGAUAAUUAUGUUUGUGUCGGUAGUCAAGAUGGUAAAGUAUAUUUUUUUAAUAAAAACAAUCAAUUACAAUAAAAUGUGAUUGAUGGACACAAUUAACCCAUUAAUUUCGUUGAUUGGCAUAGCCAGACAGCACAAUUAUUAACAGCAAGUGAUGAUAAAACUGUUAAAAUAUGGAUAUAAGACCAUGUGGAGUAGUAAUAAAUAAUUAAUGUUGCCAAUGAAUAUGAUUAACCAAUAAAUUCUCAAUAAGGUGAGAUUGUAGAAGAAUAGGAUGAUCAAGAUGAUGAAGAAUACUAAUAAUAAUCAGAUGGAGAUCAAUCAUUAUGA